AUGCCUGUAAUCAAGAAGGCCAUAAUCAUCGGCGCGGGCCCGGCUGGCCUUGCUGCUGCACUCAAAUUGCAUCGAGAGAACAAAAUCCAUGUUACAGUAUACGAGCUACGACCUGAGCCAACUACGAUUGGUGGGGCCAUAGGCAUAUUUGCCAACGGCUUGCGUCUACUUCAUCGAUUGGGUCUGCACGACGCCCUCCUUGCCCGCGGCUCUUCCGUUGACAGAUAUCAUCUGCAAUCACUGCAAAACGGCAGCAUCGGUAGCACUGAUAUCUCAGCCUGGGCGGCGGAAAGGACCGGCUUUGGAUAUCUGCGCAUUCUCCGGCGAGACCUACAGAGCGUGUUAUUGGACGGCGUCCAUGCGGAGCAGAUUCCGGUCCGUUUCGACAAACGACUGACCUCGAUCACGGAGGAUGCAUCCAGCGUGACGGUAACCUUCUCCGACGGCUCGACCGAGACAGCCGACAUACUGAUUGGAUGUGAUGGCAUCCAUUCCAGCGUGAGACGGUUGCACGUGGACCCGCCCAUGAAGCCCGAAUACUCCGGAAUUGCGGGUAGCGGUUCGAUUAUCUCGACGGCUGGUCUACCGGAGAAGCUUAAAACGUCGGCCAACAUCAUUCCCACCACCGUGGGGUUUAUGGCGACAUUUCCGUGUAGUGCGUCUGGGGACCAGCUUUUCUGGCUGUUCUCGCGGGAGACGCCCAUUCCAUAUUCUGAGUCCGGUAACGAGCGGGACGGGUGGGAAGAGCGACGUCAACAAGAGAUGGAGAUGUUCAAGGCCACAAUCAGAGCAGUGUCGAAGCCAGCUCGAGGCGAAUGGCGAGGGAUCCUGGCUGAGUUGGUGGACCGCAUGAAGUUUAUCGGAUUCUAUCCAGUCUUCCGACUCCCGCUGGGUGGGAAAUGGUAUACAUCUCGGACAAUCCUGCUAGGGGACGCAGCGCAUGCAAUGCAGCCUCACGCAGGGCAAGGAGUAUCCAUGGCAUUGGAAGAUGUAUUCUUGCUCUCACGGGUACUGCGAGAGCAGGACUGGAGCUUGGACGACGCGUUUGCCCGAUACGAAGCAAUCCGUCGACCGCGGGUCAACGAGAUCUAUCAACUGGCGGCCAGAAAUGGGCAAGGCCGGAGAGCCAUGAACCCUUGGGCGUUGUGGCUGAAAGAAAACGUUAUGUGGGCUAGUUUGAGCCUGUAUCGUAUUCUGGGGUUGGAGUCGUGGGGCUUGAGCCAGAAACACCUCGUUUACGACGUUGAUGCGGUGGAGCUCUGA